GUCAAACAACGUUAGUUUACCCUCCAUGGUUUUACACAAUGAAGAUCGUUACCUGGAACAUAAAUGGCAUAAGGACUUUCAGAGGCGGCAUUAAAAAUGCUCUUGAUUCACUGGACGCAGAUAUUAUCUGUGUUCAAGAGACAAAAGUGACAAGAGACUUGCUUGAUGAAAGAACUGCCAUUGUUGACGGCUACAACUCUUAUUUCAGCUUCAGUCGAGGACGCAGCGGCUAUUCAGGGGUUGCCACUUACUGUAAAGACAGUGCCACUCCAUUUGCUGCUGAGGAGGGUCUCACGGGUCUGCUAACCAACCAUGAAGGGGCUGUUGGGUGCUAUGGUGACCAGACUGAGUUCUGUAGCGAGGAGCUGCAGCUUUUGGACAACGAAGGACGGGCUGUUAUCACACAGCACAGAAUCAUGUGUCAGGACAAAGAGCAAACUAUUACUGUAAUCAAUGUAUACUGUCCACGGGCUGACCCUGAAAAGCCGGAGCGAAAGCAGUUCAAACUGCAGUUCUACAAGUUGCUUCAGAGUCGGGCUGAAGCUAUACUGAAAGAUGGGAGCCAUGUGAUUGUUUUAGGAGAUGUAAAUACAUCUCACCGGCAAAUAGACCACUGUGACCCCAGUGAUAUUGAUGAUUUUGGUGAAAACCCGGGGAGGAAAUGGCUGAAUGGCUUUUUGCACAGUGGCAGACGAGAGUCAGAGGAAAUGAAUGAGCAGGAACCUGGUGAAGAAUUUGAGGUAUCCUCAACAGAUCCCAUCCACAGUGGAAAAUUUGUGGAUACCUUCCGCUAUUUCCACCCAACUCGCACCAGCGCCUUCACAUGCUGGUCCACUCUCACUGGAGCGCGGCAGACCAACUAUGGCACACGCAUUGACUACAUAUUCGCUGAUUGCCAGCUAGCCAAGGAGCAGUUUGUGGCAGCAGACAUCAGGCCAGAGGUGGAGGGGUCGGACCACUGCCCUGUGUGGGGGCAACUGAGCUGCUCUCUCCUGCCCAGCUCCAAGCCUCCCCCCCUCUGUACACGCUACCUGCCAGAGUUCGCUGGCAAGCAGCAGAAACUCUCCCGCUUCCUUGUUAAGGUGGACCAAAAAUCUAUUCAGCCUGAGCAGAGGGAUGCAUUACCUGGAUCUCAAGAAGAGGAGGAAAGGAGGGAGAAUUUAAACCCUUCCAGUGCUGGGAUCGUCUUUGGUAAAAAACGGUUAUUAACAUCAGACUGUGUUGUCCCAAAGGGGAAAAAGACUAAGACAGUCAAGACCUCUUCAAAGCCGCAGGGCAGUCUCCUUUCCUUUUUCAAACCCAAACUCACAAAUGUCGUUCCCUCUCCUGAAGCCUCUGUCAGGCAGUGUGAAAAAACCCUCAGCGUGGAUAAAGGUACCUCAUCACAGAACUCUCAAAAAGCAUCCACAACUAGCGAGAUCAGAAGCAGCGUACCUGUAGAUACUGAGCCGGUCUAUGGUUCACAACAGCAGUGCAGCAGCGGUAGCACCACAGAGGAAAGUGACAAACCGAUGAAGACACACACAACACAUUUAACCCCACAGCCCUCUGUGGGAUGCUCAGAUACCAAGAAAGGGGCAUCGUUAGUGUUUUGGAAGUCGGUGCUUUGUGGACCUCCCCCACCACCCCCCUGUAAGGUCCACGGGGAACCCUGUGUACUUCGUACUGUGAAAAAGGAGGGUCCAAACAUGGGCAAACAGUUCUUUGUGUGUGCCCGUCCUCAGGGACAUGCCUCCAACCCUGAAGCUCGGUGUAAUUUCUUUGCGUGGGUCGACAAGGAGAAGUGACAUGUUCACUGUCUGGACCACAAGUUGUUUUUUCCUGACUCAUCAUUAAAACCUCUAGCUCAAACAAGUAUUGUAAGACUACUACAGAGAUCAGAUAAUUUCACAGAUUUUAAUUGUUGACUAUGUGUUUUUUUUCUCUGCUAACAUUUAAUAUUAAAAGACAGUAGUUUUCUA